UAGUAUGUUGUUAGGCACUACUAGCAAUGCCGAUUUCAGGAUGUUGUCAAUGGAUUUAGUGUGAUGUUUUUCUUUCUAUUCUGGAAUUAUCACAGAGUGUUUAAGCGUGUGUAGUUAUAUUUCAUGAAAAUAUGGAUUCACAGUCACAAGAUCCGUACGUUAAUUUUAAGCCUCCUCCUGAGGCACCGGUUUUUACUCCAACUGAAGAGGAGUUUGCAGAUCCGUUAGGUUACAUAGCAAAAAUAAGGUCGAUUGGUUUGCAAGCUGGUAUUGUCAAAAUAAAACCACCACCAGACUGGCAGCCACCUUUUGCUGUAAAUGUGGAAACUUUCAGAUUCACACCAAGGAUACAAAAGUUAAAUGAAUUAGAGGCUCAUUCUAGGAUUAAACUUAAUUUCUUUGAUUGCUUAUACAAGUUUUGGGAUCUUCAGGGAUGCACAUUGAAAAUUCCUACAGUGGAGAGGAAGAUUUUGGACCUGUACAAACUUUUCAAGACUGUGGAAGAAGAAGGUGGUAUGGAACUUUUGAACAGAGAAAGGGGCUGGUCACGUGUUGCUAUUAAAAUGGGCUACCCUUAUGGCAGAGGAGUAGGAGGCACACUUAAGCACCACUAUGAGCGCAUACUUUUUCCCUUUUAUCUAUUCAAAAAAGGAGAAACUGUCAAAUUCAUUCCAGAGCAAAAACCUGCAAUCCCUGAUGAAAUAGAUAAAUCUGACAAGGAUUACAAACCUCACUGGAAGAUGAGUGCAGACAAGGAUAAGAACAGAAAAUCAAAACGGGCUGUUAAAGAGAGCCCUUCUCCUUCAAUUGAGGAAUACGAGUGCUUGAUAAGAAAGGAUCCUGACAUUGACUAUAGCAAAAAUAGUGAACUGAAGAAAUUGCAAUUCUAUGGAGCAGGUCCUAAAGCUGCUGUCCCAGGCUCUAAAGAUGAUCCUGAUUUUAAACCUGAUGAAAAGGGAGAUAACCGUAAAAGCAGAAUGAAGAUGUCCAUACCUGGUGCUUACUCUGGAGCAGACAAGUAUUAUUGUCAUAUGUGUGGUCGGGGGGAUGGGGAGGAGCAAAUGUUAUUGUGUGAUGGAUGUGAUGAUGCUUUCCACACCUACUGCCUUGUUCCCCCAUUGGCUGAGGUACCCAAGGGUGAUUGGAGGUGUCCCUCUUGUGUUAAACAGGCCUGUAGUAAACCCCUUGAGCCCUAUGGGUUUGAUCAGAGUAAAAGGGAUUACACAUUACAGUCUUUUGGUGAAAUGGCAGAUCAUUUUAAAGCAUCUUACUUUAAAAUGCCAGUUCAUAAGGUGACAACAAGCCAAGUGGAGAGGGAGUUUUGGAGACUGGUUAACAGCUUGGAGGAAAAUGUAAUGGUGCAAUAUGGUGCAGAUAUUCAUGCUAUGGAAAUGGGAAGUGGUUUUCCUACAAAAAAUACUGAAGAUUUGCUACCAGAAGAUGAGGAAUAUGUGACAUCAGGCUGGAACCUGAACAACCUCCCAGUGUUGGAACAGUCAGUGUUGUGUCAUAUCAAUGCUGAUAUAUCUGGCAUGAAAGUGCCAUGGUGUUAUGUGGGCAUGUGUUUUUCCAGCUUUUGUUGGCACAUUGAAGAUCAUUGGAGCUAUUCUAUCAACUAUUUGCAUUGGGGGGAGCCCAAGUCUUGGUAUGGAGUUCCUGGUGCUGAUGCUACAAAAUUUGAAGAUGCCAUGAGAGAAACUGCUCCUGAACUGUUUGAACAAGCACCAGAUCUGCUGCACCAGUUGACUACCAUCAUGAACCCAAAUAUUCUAAUGGAUAAAGGAGUUAGAAUUUUUCGUACGGAUCAGUGUGCAGGAGAAUUUGUUGUAACUUUCCCUCGAGCUUAUCAUGCUGGCUUUAAUCAAGGCUACAAUUUUGCUGAAGCUGUCAAUUUCUGUCCUGCAGAUUGGCUUCCUAUAGGUAGAGCAUGCAUAGAACACUAUCGUUUGCUGCACAGACAGUGUGUGUUCUCUCAUGAGGAACUUAUAUGUAAAAUGGCAGCAGAUCCAGAUAGCCUUGAUUUAACCCUGGCAGCUGCUACUCAUGCUGAUAUGCUUUCCAUGGUAGAAGAGGAAAGAGAUCUCAGAAAAGCUUUACUAGAAAGGGGUACACUAAAUGCUGAAAGGGAAGCAUUUGAACUACUCCCAGAUGAUGAGCGCCAGUGUGAUGUGUGCAAGACAACUUGCUUUCUUUCUUCAGUUACUUGUCCUUGUCAGCCAAGUCGUCUGGUGUGCUUGUAUCAUGUAGAGGAGUUGUGCGACUGUUCUCCCACCCGGCAUGUCUUGCGCUACCGCUACACCUUGGAUGAGCUGCCCAGUAUGUUACAUCGCCUGAAGGUCAGGGCCGAGUCGUAUGAUAACUGGAUUCUGGUUGUGAAAACUGCUUUAGAUGCCACGGGUGACAACAAAUUAGAAUUGAAUGAACUAAAAAAUCUAAUAACUGAAGCUGAAGAGAAAAAGUUUCCUGAAUCAGACCUGCUGCAGACGCUGAUCAAUGCUGUCACUGAGGCAGAGAAAUGUUCUAAUGUGGCUAAUCAACUGGUCAGCAAGAAAGUUAGAACAAGAAAUCGACAGUCCAUUGAAGGUAAAUAUGUGGCUAAAUUAACCCUUGAUGAAUUGAACUGCUUUUUUGAACAAGUAAAUGGACUUCCAUGUAUCAUUAAAGAAACCAAACUAAUUAAAGAGUUGUUAGAUAAAGUUGUAGAAUUCCGUGAAGAAGCCCAAGAUGCCUUAGAUGCAGAGACACCAGACUCUGAACAAGUGGAGACUCUUAUAGAAAUAGGCAUUAGCCUAGAUGUUGAUCUGCCAGAAAUACCAAAGCUAAAACAGGUACUGCAACAAGCACGCUGGCUUGAUAAUGUUCGUCUGUCUAUGAAAGAUGCCAGCUCAGUGACUUUAGACAUGAUGAGGAAGCUGAUAGAAUCUGGUGUAAGUCUUGCACCACACCCUGCUGUAGAAAAAGCCAUGGCAGAACUCCAGGAACUGUUGACUGUCAGUGAGAGAUGGGAAGAGAAGGCCAGAAUAUGUUUACAAGCAAGACCUCGCCAUUUGUUGACAACACUUGAAGCAAUCAUUGCUGAAGCAAGAAACAUUCCCGCACAUCUCCCAAACAUUGCAUCACUUAGAGAAGCUGUGAAAAAGGCCAAGGAGUGGAUCCAGAAGGUUGAAGCUAUACAAAGUGUGGAGCAGUAUGCCUAUCUGGAGGUGUUAGAAGGACUUGUGGCUAAAGGGCGACCUAUUCCUGUUAGACUGGAUCAGUUGCCACAAUUAGAAUCACAGGUAGCAGCAGCCAAGUCAUGGAAGGAGAGGACUGCCCGCACUUUCCUCAAGAAAAACUCUUCCUUUACAUUAUUAGAGAUUUUAUCGCCAAGGAAUGAUAUAGGCAUCUAUAAUGGUGGGCGUUGCAAGAAAAAGCGUUUAAAAGAUGCUGAUAAAAAAGAAAGUGAUGGUGCUCUGGACUAUGCUAGUGAUGACAGUAGAAACUCUGGCGUGUCCAUUCUUACUCAGGUAGCAGCAUUUAAGAUGGGGGAGGUUAAAGAAGUGGAGAUGAUGAGAGACCUACGCACACGCAACAUGGAGAAGCGCCAUGACACUGAUGCUAAAUUUUGUGUGUGCAGGAAACCUGCAUCUGGUUUUAUGUUACAGUGUGAACUUUGCAAAGAUUGGUUUCAUGGAACAUGUGUCUCAUUUCCUAAGUCAGCCAGCAUUAAAAAUAAAACAUCGCAAGCAGCAAUUAUGCAGGCAACAAAGGAAAUGAAGUUUUUGUGCCCUUUGUGCCUAAGAUCUCGUCGCCCACGUCUUGAAACAAUCUUAUCACUGCUGGUGUCAUUGCAAAAACUGCCAGUAAGAAUGUCAGAAGGAGAAGCAUUGCAGUGUCUUACAGAGAGAGCCAUGGCAUGGCAGGAUCGAGCAAGACAAGUCCUAACAACCACAGAUAUGGCAUCCGCAAUGGCUCAGCUCAGUGUGAUGAGUCAACGAAUGGUUGAACAGGCAGCUCGGGAAAAAACUGAAAAGAUUAUAAAUGCUGAGCUUCAGAAGGCUGCCAAUAAUCCUGAAUUACAGCCUCACCUUGCCUCUGUCACACAGAGUGCUUUUGGCAAUAGAGACAGUUCCAGUAUGUCUUUGCUACAUCAUGGAGACAUAGACUUUGAUAGGUGGGCAGCUAAACAUCAUCAUUCCUACCCUGAAGAUGAUGGUCACAGAGAGGCCAGUAUAGGAGUCAACCUGGAUGCUCCUCUCUCCCCAACCCCAGGGGACAUGUCACCAUUGUCCCAGACUUUAGUCCCUGCUCCUAACCCCAUGUCUCAAGAUAUUGGCGCUGAGAUUGACAUUUCAUCUGUGGCUUCUCUUGGGAUGUCAUCAGAACACGCUUACUCAUCUGUCUCUAAAGGAAUGUCCAAUGGCUCGCCUCGUAAAAAUCUUCGCAAGUCACCUCUAGUACCUCGCACUUGUGAGAUCCCUUUACUGGAUGUAGCAGAAACUAAGAGAGCUCAGCUUGAAGAGCUGAUGAUGGAAGGAGAUUUGCUUGAGGUGUCUUUAGAUGAAACACAGCAUAUCUGGCGCAUUUUGCAGGCCUGUUACACUCGCACAGAGCCUAACAGAUAUUCAGAUGUAGAGGCUUCUGGACAGACUGGUUUUGAAAAAAACAGAGAGAAAAAAGAGCUUAAGAAGAAAGAUAAAGAUGGUUUGAUGAAAAUAAAAGAAAAAAUGAAGAGAAAAAAGAACAUGGGGGAGAACAGACUUAGUGAUUUAAUGAUUAAGAGGAUCAAAGUGGAAAAUGGGGUUGAGACAAUACUCAAGAAAAAGAAAUUCCAAAAAAAGAAAGAUUUAUUGAAUGAGAACAAGGAUGGCAUAAAAGGAAAACUGAAGGAUUCUGGAGACUCAGGCACAACAAAUCCAGAUGGAAAGCCUAAAAUGAAGAAAAAGAAAAAACUUCUUACAAAAGGUAGUGCAGUACAAAGCGCCCCAGCAGAGCCAGGAAGUAACUCAGCACCUGUUGAAACUGUUGAAGGUUCAGGGGCUACAGCUGUUGGAACUGCAGAAAAUACAAAACCCAAAGAGCGGCGCCCAAAAGUAAAGAGAGAGCGAAAGGUCAAAGAAGAGCUUGUUAUGAUGGAUGACAGUGAUGAUAAUGAUAACGAUGAAGAUUGUUCAGCCUUUAAGUGCUUGAGACCUACAGGUGAAGCAGUAAACUGGGUACAGUGUGACCGUUGUGAGCUGUGGUUUCAUCUCUUAUGUGUUGGGCUCAAGAAAGAAGAGGUACGGGAUGAAGAAGACUAUGUAUGCUUUAGUUGUCGUGAGGGGAGCAGUGUGGCCCUGGUGGGAUCUCCAGCAAAAACAGGCUCCAGUGAUGCCACCAUUGAAGCAGACAAAAUCAAGAAAGAACCAAAAGAAAAUCUGUUUGACUCCAGUCCACCAUGUUCUCCCAGUGUGCGUGCAGCUGCUGACAAAGCAAUAUCAGAUGUUGUGGAAGCUGUGGCUGCCAGCUCCAAAGAGAGGCGUUUGGAAGCUGAAAAAAGAGUGGAGGCAGUUGAGUCGAUGAUGCAGUUAGAGAAGGGGAUCCCUAGCUCAGUGCAGGAAACACCCGCAGUGUCUGAGGGUAAAAGUGAAGGGGUUGACCAGGCAUCAGAGUCUAAAGCUGAAGAUGAGGAUGUUGUGGUCAUUGCUACUAGUCAGCAGGAGGAAAUUGAGAUUGAUGAUGAUGAAGAUGAGAAAGUGGAUAAAAAUGAAGAAGUUGAAGAUAUUGAGGAGGAAGAGGAAGAAGAAGAAAUAGAUGAGGAUGGUGAGGAGGGAGAAGAAGAAGAAAUUGAUGAAGAAUGUGAUGCUGAAGAAGAUGAAGAAGAGGAGGAAGAAGAUGAGGAAAUGGGGGAAGUGGAAGAGAAAGCUGUGCAUGUUGAAGAGUGUGAUGAUGUCACAGAGACGGCCGAGGAAUCCGAGCAAGAAGAUAUUGAGGUGGAGAAGUCAGAAGAAAAUCAGCUUGUAACACAGACUGAAAGCAAUGUCCUCUUGGACAAUUCCUGACAAUGCCAAAGCUUCAGUCUUGUGGUAUGAUGUGAGUGGCUGGCUGUGUAAGUGAAUUAUUUGUAGCUGUUUUUUCUAGACCAUGAUGAAAAAACUUCUAAUGAAUUAUCUUUCUUUUGUCACAAUUAUUUGCAAUAAAAAAAUUGUUCAGUACAUUGGUUUAUAAUAACAAUAAUGUAUAUAACUGAAAAGUAAAUUUUGUUCUAAUGUAUAUAUUGAUUCUGAAAUUAUUUUCUUAAGUUAUGUUAUUGUUUGCCAGAUGUAUACCUUAAAAAUUAAUGUUUGCACAAAACCAGAUAUAUCUAUUUGGAUCUUUUUUAAAAAAAGGUAUCUCCCACCUUUGAUUAAAUCUGAAACAAAGUGUUUCUGUAGAUGAGCUAGAAAGGUGAAUGGUUCUCUGCUUAGGCUUCCUCCUUGUGGUGAAAGAUCUCUGGAGGUCAUUAAAUACUAUUGGUAGAAACUACAUUGAUAACAGCUGUAGCUGUCUACCCUAGUAAACUGUGAUACAGUUUAAACAUAUUUAUUUUUAUGUUAGCAAAAUACCAAUAUGUUAUCCAUUAAUAUCUGAAUAUCAGGAAAUCAUAUAAUAGCAUUGAUUAGUGUUAACCAUAAGUAAAAUUGACUAAUGUUUCAUAGAGUUACAUUUAAUUUAUUUAUAUAACUACUUAUUUGUUAGUUUUGUUAUUUGUAAGCUAUUGGCGUGUGAAUCAUGUUUACACCAAACGUGAACAGUUAUCAAUUUGUGUUUAUCGGUACAUACUUUUCAACCAGUUUUUUUAUACAACCAACAUCACCUUGUGUCAACAUGAUUAUUGUUAAUAUAAUACACUUCAUUUUCUUCUUGCAUCAUAUAUUUAAAAUACUUGUAAAUAAAUUAAUUUUAUUAGUAUAUAAGAAAUAUCUCUAGUAAAAAUGAUUUGAAGUGAUGCGUUUAGUUAUGAAAAUAUAAUUUGGUUUGGACACAAGGGUGAUUGUAUUCCCUCCUGUAUGUAAGUUUGUGUUAUUUGUUGUAAUUUUUUUUCUAAAAUAAUGUAUUGUCAGCUUUAUAAAUAGCCAUUAAUGUGACAUUUAUCUUAGUCGAUUAAUGUACAAUCCCAGAUUUGAGUGUUCAUUGAUUUCUGAUCUUCCUAUCCAAGCCAACGCAGCAGCUAAUGAGAGAUUUUUUUUAGCAUCACAUGCUUGUGCCCAUCAUUUCAUCCAACAGAUCUAACCAUUCAAAAAUGUUUAACAAUAUUUUGUUGUUGAUCUUCAGAUUAUUGAAAAAAUAUUGAUAAUAAAAUACUUAUUAGUUUAGAAAAGUGUUUUGAUAUUUUUUUUUAGUUAAACAAUUAUGAAAUAACAGGAUGGAAAUGUGCAGUUGAUGUCAUCCAUUAUUGACCAUGAAUUUUUAUAAGGUUUGGUCCACUGAACUUGUAAACUUUUUGUGCAGUGUUAUAAAAAUAAAGUAUACAUUUUUUGUUUUAGGUUUAAUCAAUUCAUUGCUGUUUUGUUGCUUGGGGUCAUUAGGAAAUUAAAAAUAACUAGUUGCUCUUUUCAAAUUUUAUUCCAUUAAAUUUUUAAUUCACACACAUUUUUUUUAAAUACACAAAAAAUAAGUUAGCUAAUGCAGACUAAAUCUACAGCUAGAACCUCCUUUUUGUUGGCUGUAAAGAAAUCAUGCAUUAAAGAGCAGCUAUAAACAGUUAUCUGUGAACAAAAAUCAUGGUGAAGGGUGUUACAUUAUGUAAUUAAGAAUCUGUACACAUCAAUGACUUGGUCAGGUUGGGUGAAUUUUUGAA